UAUUAUUAUUAUGAGAAAGAAAGCCGAAGCAAUGGGAUGUGGAGUGGGCGCGGUGGAGGUGGGGCGGACGAAGGAAGAAGAGGGGUGAUGCGACCCUUUCAGAACGGCCCUUCGCGCCUCUUCUCUCUUUUUGGUAUCUCUCUCGACGGAGAUGGCUCCGAGCCUCAUUGGCGUCUCCGCCCUCAUCGUCGUCGUCGUCGUCGUCGUCCUCCUCCUCCUCGUUUUCGUUCUCACCUGCCGACCCUGGCGCUUCUUCGCCCACUCCUACUGCCCCUCUCCCUCUCCUCCCAUCAAUAACGCUGAUGAUCUCAACAGGCCUCUUUUCUCCGAGAAUGUGGAUGAUGUGCCAGGCCAAAGCUACGAUUUGGCUAGAAAUUUUGUUGAGGAAUCAAGAAUUCAAAUUGAUGAAAAUAACACUUCACCAAGCGCUCGUGGUUUUAUCAAUAAAAAGAGGGUUCAUUCAACUAAAUCUCAUAUUAGUCAAGAUAGUUUGGUACUUGAUGUAACAAAUGAUCCUUCUGAAGAUCCACGAGUUUGUUAUACUCUUAAGAAUGCAGCAGUAGCAAGCUUUGAAGACUUGAGACAUGUACGAAGAGACAUAAACAAUGGUGUCGACACUAUUAAUGACAAUGGCAGGAAUCAUAUGUUUUCAGUCAAGGAUAUUCCUUUUCUUCGAAGCAGCCUAGACUUGGAGGUCAUAGCCGGUCCCUCUCGCGGGCUUUGUUGUUCCCGACAGUCGACAAAUACUUCAAAGCUUUCAUUGACCGUUGGAAGAGUUUCCCCAAGUGAUUUGCUAUUGAAGGACUCUGAGGUUUCAGGAAAGCAUGCGCUUAUCAAGUGGAACAUGAAUACUUCAAAAUGGGAGCUAGUCGAUAUGGGUAGCUUAAACGGAACAUUCUUGAACUCUCAGUUGGUCCAGCAUCCAGAUGUUGGAUCUAGAAAUUGGAGUGAUCCUGUUGAACUUGCAGAUGGAGAUGUUAUUACGCUUGGCACUUCUUCAAAAGUUUUUGUUCAGAUUUCACAACAUGUUGAGCGUCAAAUAUCAAUUGGAGUUGGUAUUGCUUCUGAACCAAUGUCCAUUCGUCGAGGUGGGAGGAGGCUUCCUAUGGAGGACGUGUGCUCCUGCCAGUAUCCCCUCCCUGGUGUUGAACAGUUUGGGUUGUUUGGAAUUUUUGAUGGGCAUGGUGGAGUUGGAGCUGCCAAAGCUGCGAGCAAGAUUCUUCCUGAAAAUAUAGCGAAUAUUUUGUCUAAUCCUGAGAGGAAAGAAAGGGUUCUUUUGAGUUCUGAUGCGUCAGAUGUGCUUAGAGAUGCUUUUAGUUUAACAGAAGCAACAAUGAAUCAUCAGUAUGAGGGUUGUACCGCAACAAUUCUUUUGAUUUGGUUUGCUCAGAGCAAAGAAUGUUUUGUGCAAUGUGCGAAUGUUGGCGAUUCAUCUUGUUUUGUGAAUGUUAAUGGGCAGCAGAUCAUGAUGACAGAGGAUCACAGAGUAACAAGCAUGCCUGAGCGGGCUCGCUUAGCAAAACUAGGAAGACCGCUAAAAGAUGGUGAAGCACGCCUCUCGGGACUAAAUAUCAGCAGGAUGCUAGGAGAUAAGUUUCUCAAAGAGCAAGACUCACGCUUCAGUUCAGAGCCAUAUAUAAGUCAAGUUGUCCACAUAACAAAAGCAUGCACCGCAUUUGCCCUAAUUGCUAGUGACGGACUGUGGGAUGUUAUUAGCAUUAAGAAAGCAGUGCAGCUAUUCCUUCAGAACAGGGAGAGGUUUGACAUUCACGACAAUGAUUACGCUGAGAAAAUAGCCAACUGCAUACUAGAAGAGGCCAGAAUGUUGCGGACGAAGGAUAAUACUUCUGUAAUCUUCUUAGAUUUUGACACUCUGAGAUCAGAUUCCGGUUUGAUCAAAUCCUAAUUUUUGUUUCUAAGAAUAGUGCUGUUCAUAUAUUAUCAUUAUGUUCAUUCUUCCGAGUUUAUUUUAUAACAAUGUUUGGAUCCACCUUUUUCUU